CGCUUCGAUAACAUACGAUGCUGCGAAAGACAGCUCUGCGGCCUUUCCGGCCACCACGAUCAUCACGCUCUUUCACAACGCGUCCUGCUCUGCGCCAAGAACAACAACCUCAGUACCAAGCACCAUCUCUCUCUCCUGAACCAGCGCAACGUCCAAACCCGCAUCGAGAGGUGUACACAAGCGGUGGCGCAGGACGAGCAGUGGCUUACAAUUUCCUGAUUGCGAUGGUUACCUUUCAAGCGCUAUACUGGAGCUGGCUUAAGCUGGAAACCAUCGAGGUCAAGAAGGAGAAGCAGGAUGAGAUCAAAUCUCUGGAAGGCGAGAUUAAGAACUUGACGGGGAUUGAGAUGAAGAGGCGAUGAGUAUUACAAGGUGUUGGCUCAGCAUAGCAUGAGCUGCGAGAUGGGUGCUGCUGCUCUGUCAUGGGACAACAGGCAGCGAUCUGCGAUAUCUUCACACGCCGCCGUGGAAAUAACGUAUUGAGAGUGAAGGCCGGAGACGGCUUGUAUUCACGAAUAUUUCGGCAAGAGAUAGCAAUGGCCGGUCAAGUAGAAUCCGGAUUCGCAAAGGCAUUGGAUCAUUUCUGAGAGCCCUCCGCCCGAAACAGUGGGUCUUGGCGUCGCAGCUGCCUGGUUGUUGCCUUGUCAUCGAAGGCAAUAUAUCAACGCUUCAGACCGAUCACACUCGCUCGCCACCCACAACAAGCGCUGGCUCAUAUGGCUCGAACAACACGACAGAAGCGCAAGGAGAUGGGGCCUCCAGAAGGUACUCGACCAGAUGAUACCAAAGAGAUGGCAUCUUUCAACACACUUCGAGCAGUGGGGCGACAGGUCGCAGACAGCAGUCUUGUCUCGAGCAUUUGAUGCAGAGCGCAGGAGUGGCAAUCAAGAUACCGUUACGUACAUCUCCAUCUCCACCAAUUCAAUCCACUUCCUCUCCG